AUGAGUACUAGUGUGCCAGUUGAGGUUGGCACAAGGGGAACUGUAGGAUCACUUUUGAAGAAGGAGAUUGAGUAUUUCAGAAAAGUAGAGUUGGAUUGUAGUAAAGGGAGCUCUAAUAAUAAAUCCCAGAAGAGUACAGUGGAAAUAAAUUCAUCAGGUGGUGGCAAUUCUUGGCCUAGUUUCGGGUUCUUGACAAUGAAAUGGAAGAAAAAGAAGAGGAGAGGCAAUGGUGGUGUAUUACCUGCAAUGUGUUCUAUGGUUGAAGUUUCUGAGAGUUGUAAGAUGAAUGAGAUUCCAGGGUUCAGUUAUAGAAAUCUUAAGGUUGAUUCGAAGAGAUUUGAGGAAGAAAUAACACUCUCAUAG